UUUCAAUAAUUGACCGCUAGGAGUAUUUUUGAUAGCGUCGGUAUUUCAGAUCUGUAGACAGAUUUCAGAAUGUUGAUUAAAGAGUGUUAAAGAUAUUAGGACAAGUUAUUAAAAAAUAGUGAUGGACAGUUAUUUUUUUGUGGACGUAUUAGUUUUUGAAAAAUUCAACGUCUUCCAUUAAACUCGAAAACGAAUUGAAUAAAUAGCCGGUAUCAGUGAAAUUGAUUGCAUAGCGUAGGUGGCAGAGGAUUAGAAUGAAUCACACACGUUCCUGAACAUUUUGGUUGAGGUUACAGUAAAUCAGGUUAUGUUCCCGCCUUUUGAAUACGUUUAUUUUGAUGUUAUAAUAUAAGAAGAUAAAGGUUGACACGUCGUGGAUGACCAGAUAGUGAAUUGUUCAACUAGUUUGGAGUACUGUGAACCAAAAAUAUGGGAAAAGAAGUGAAUACCUCCACAAAUUAUGACACACCUAUAGAUGAAAAAUACCGGAUCUACGCGAGCAUAUCGUUCGCGGUGCUCCUGCUGGCCAUAGGGGUUCCUCUUUGGUGGCACACGACAACGGUGCCGCGCGUUUCCCUCCCUUACACAGGGAUCGACCAGCUGUCCGAUCUCGAGGUGAAAAUCGGGACCAAGAUCAUCCUCGUUGCCCUCUCCAGAGACCGAGCAGAGUCGUUGUCUCGCGACAUAACGAAGGCGUUCGAGGCAGCCGACGUUUAUCGAGUGGAAGUGGUGCAACGCGUAAUAUCCAGCAGCCUGGUAGCUUCCGCAUACACUCAGCACGAUUUGGAAAAGGUAGCAGCAGCUAGCUUCGAUUUGGACGUUGGUCAGCUUUUGCUCCUAGAAUCGAACAAUCUGAACGACGCGGUUCUCGUCGGGUCGAAGAGGACGAUUUUCUUUUCUACGGAAACCACGGGAUGGACCCUGACCAGGUUGCUAUCCGAAUGGAUGCUGCACGAGAAGUCACUGGCCCUGACAAGAGACGCGCUCACUCACCCUACCCUCUACAGUUUAGAUGAAGAAAACCGGAGAAGAUUUCCGGCUAGCCCGGCCUACGACAUAUUGAUCACGCUUGUGAAUCCUGAUCCAGAGAAGCUGAAGCUCAACUGGGAUCUGCAUGCAAUGUCCGAGGAAUACGUUGAACCCUUCCUCUCCGAGAUUUCAAUUUCGAGCAACUUUUCCGUGAAGUCGCAAUGGCUGUACUUCCUGCCGUUAGAGGUUACUCCGAAACGUGUACCUGAUAGCAGCCCGUUGGGCAGACACUUUGCUUUACCUGAGGACGUACUGCCGCAACUGAUUACACCGCUAGAGAAGAAAUUGGCCUCGCAUGUCAGUCUUCAUCCGACCAUUAAUUUUGUGAUAUACGCUGUCCCCUGUGACAGUGCUCCGUUGCAUAUUUACACUCGAUCCGGGCACAGAUCGAAAACCAGCUUCAACGUGGAGGCAUUCCUCUCGCCAAGAUGGGGUGGCGUCGUGUUCAUCAACCCACCGAUGGAGUCUUGCAACGCUAGCAACCCCAAUCAGCCAGUGACCGUUGUCCCGGAGGAGACCACGAUCGUUGGCACGUUCCUCGCGCAGUUGAAGCUCCUUCUAGGUAUUCCAGAACCGAAAUUCAUACACAGCGUUACCAGCGUCCCUUCCGUGGGACUGAAAUUACGGGACUGGGAAGUCGACGCGCUGAUGCGUGUCCGCACGAUCGAGCAAUUGACUUCGGCUAAGCUGACCCUGCAAUCGCUCGCCCAGCUUCUCAAGGAAAUCGGAAAUAUCGUCAUCACAGACGUCGUUGGGAAUAGAAUAAAAACAGCGUUGCAUUUGGUCGAGUACUCGGCCGAACGACUAGGCCAAGGGGAUCUCAGGCAAGGCUUUCUAGCUAGCAAAGAAGCAUUUGUUGCCGCGGAAGCUGCUUUCUCCGAUCCGACGCUUUUAGCCUUGUUGUACUUCCCGGAGGAUCAGAAAUACGCCGUGUACAUUCCCCUUUUCUUACCGGCCAUGAUACCAGUGCUGCUCUCAUUGAAGAACGUACAUAGAUAUUACACUCAAGCGUCGGAUGGA